ACGACUGUUCAAAAACUAUAUACAGUAUAUAUAAUUUUAAGACAGCGUGGUUUAAAAAUUUUAUUGCAAUGGUUGAAAGGUUAUCUGACGAAGAUAAGUCGUUAUUCAAGGAGGCGUUCAAUAGUUUUGUUAAAGAAGAAGGAGGCCCUAUUCAGGUUGAACAAGCUGGAGACGUUUUAAGAAAAAUGGGUCUUACUCCGACACUCGAAGAAAUAGAAGAAUACAAACUGGAAAUUGAUCCGCAGUAUAUGGGUGACAUCAGCUAUGAGACAAUGUUAGAUUUAUACGCCAAACUCGUAAAACCGCCACAUGAACUUGAAGACGAAAUAGCAAAGGCAUUCAGAAUUCUGGAUAAGGAUAAAAACGGAUUUAUUGAUGCUACUGAACUUCGAAAUACAUUGACUACCAUUGGAGAGGCAUUAACAGAAGACGAAGUUGACGAAAUGAUUGCCUACAUGGACACGAAUGGGGAUGGCAAAAUUCUUUAUGAAAAUUUCAUUAAAGACGAACCGGGACCUACUGCGGCACCGGAGGAGUAACUCUAUAGCCAGUUAUUCUCUGUUAUUAUUUCAUUUAUAAAUUAUACAUAUUAUUUUCUCGAAAGUUUAAGUGUUGUAUAUAUAAGCUUAAACAAUGCUGUAGUGUAAGGUAAGCUUUAGCCGCAGAGUAAUGUAAAAGAGCAAGCCAGUACAAUGACCAGAAAUAAGCUGCAAAAAUAGCGAGGGAAAACACAUAAUAAUACCUCUCAAGUCUGAAACGUGUCAUUUGUCUUCCACUAUGGUUAAAAAAAUUGCAUUCAAACUCUUUACAUUAUUGUUCUAUGUGAAAAUGGGCCUAUAUGCUUAUAAAUCCAAUUUCCUAUUCACCAAAAUGGUAGCUAAAACUAUAUUAUGGGCACAUAUGCCCUACUUCGUGCCGCUGACAUGAUCACAAUGAUUUCAACUAAGUAGCCUUAUAGUCGUUAAAACAUCAAGGAAAGCAAUUACCCCUGUUAUGACAACACAAACGAGAUUUGAUAGGACAGAAAC